AUGGAUGGGGUUGGCUACAUUACUCAGUGCCCAAUUGAAGCUGGUACAUCGUUUCGCUAUAUCUUCAAAGCAACACCAACUGGAACCUUUUGGUACCAUUCCCAUAGUGGUCCACAGAGAACGGACGGACUGUUUGGUGCUCUCAUAGUGAAGGAGAAUGAAAUUCCCGAGGGUCUCCCUUCAUUCAUUGACCUCCCAGGCAAUCACACUCUGUCUCUUCUCGACUGGCAGAGAGAAGCAUCGUUGGAUCUAUUUGUCCAAAUUCACUCAUCACUGGGAUACUAUGAGGGCACUAAUGUUGACCAGGUUCCAACAACUAACAACCAAAUCUAUGAAAAUACUUGUUCAGCGGAUGGAGCUGAGGUAGGCCCAGUUCCUUACUGGUCUGGAAUCAUCAACGGCAAAGGAAAACACAAAGAUAUUGACUUUUCCCAAGCCUCGCUGAGUUCAUUCAAUGUUGAAAGUGGAGAAACUUACCGGUUUCGUUUGAUCGGGGCUCAAGGAAACUAUGCUUAUCGGUUUUCAAUUGAUGGUCACAACCUACUACUUGUGGGUACUGACGGCUACUUCAUUCAGCCAGUGGAAGUCGAUUACAUCAUCAUUCAUACGGGAGAACGCUAUGACUUCCUACUGACUGCAGACCAGACAGGAAAAACCAACUAUAUUAUUCGAGCUGAAACACUGGAGGUUAAUUGUGAUACACUGGAGAGAGACGGCGGCCUUGAAACUAAUGAUGCAAUUGCUGUACUGUUGUAUGAUGACAGCUCUAUCGACAAGGCUGUAAUACAAGCCAACUAUGGGACAAAAAGAUUAUGUGACACGGAAAAUGUUUGCAAAGUUGCUAACUGCCCCUUUGAAAAUUAUUUGACUGGUUCUGGAUAUGACUGUUCAAAUUUGCAUGUAGAUGAGCUACAACUCUUUGUUGCUACUCCGGGCAAUGAGCUCCCAAAGUCGAAAGCGGUGAAUAUAAACUCAACAUGGUUUUUUAACUUUGGAUUUGACAGUGCCGAAUUCACAAGCACAGUCAAUGGCCGCAACUUCAUCCUUCCGAGCACAUCUCCGCAGACGCAAGGCUACAAGCAAAUAGACUCAGAGCUCUGCAAAGACUUAAGCGACGAAUGCAAUUUGGACGAAGAUGAUUGCACAUGUGUCCACACGAUUAACAUAGAAAGUGGAUUGUCUGGAAAGACAAUUCGCUUUGUCUUUUCAUCCCUUAACAUAACUGAAGGGUUCUCGUUUGCACACCCCAUUCACCUUCAUGGCCAUAGUUUCCAUGUAGUAAAGGUUGGUUAUGGAAGCUAUAAUGCUUCAAACAACCGAGUUAAUGGUUCAACUCCAGAUAUUUCAUGCGGUACCCCCUGUCGCAAAGCACCUACCUGGACAGGCAACACUGCCCCUAAAGAUAUUUCCAUAACAGACAAGACUAUCUACAAAGACACUGUCAUAGUACCAGCUGGUGGGUAUGUUGUUAUUGACUUUAUUGCAGACAAUCCCGGGUACUGGUUUCUUCACUGUCACAUUGAAUCCCAUCAGUUGGAGGGGAUGGCCCUGGUCAUUAAUGAGUUGGAGUCUCAACAAAACUCCCCUCCAGCUGGAAUGCCGUUGUGUGGGAACUUUUCUUGGAGCGUGGAAAAUUUCAAGGAGAAGUUGUAUAGCUCAGGGGGGAGAGUUGGCUUUCAAGCAUGGGAAAUUAUCCUUUUUGCAGUAUUUUCCAUGAUCGCAGGGAACUAA